AUGAGUUCCCCAGUGGCGAGCCCACUUGUCAAGGACUCGAAACUUCUUUUCAAGAAGGACAAGCUUUUCAGGCCGUAUGUGCUUCCUUUCAUCCCGCUUUACGCCACUUUUGCUCACCUCUACUUCAAACAGUACGAAGUUUACAUCAGAGGAGGCGAAUGGACGUUCGUAUACCUGGGAGGCCUGGUGUCGCUCAACAUCCUGGUAAUGCUGUUGCCUCAAUGGAACGUCAACAUUGCGAGUCGUUUCGACUACACUGACGCGUCCAGCUUCGAGCAAGCAACCCACCUUCUGAUCCACACCUCACCCAACAACGGCGCGGACGACAUCGUUGAGAUCAAGCGUCUCGAGGAAGCCGGCCAUUUGCAAGUCUUUUUCCAGUUCCAGAAAAAAAGGUUUUUGCUUGAUACCAAAACUGGCUCUUUCACCACUCCUAAGUUUGUUGUGGACGAGUCACCCAAGCUUGAAGUUUUCCAAAAUUCUAAGGGUUUGUCUGGCGAUUUGGUCCAUGCCAGAAGACUCUAUGGCGAGAACUCAUUUGACAUCCCCGUACCUUCUUUUAGUGAGCUCUUCAAGGAGCACGCUGUGGCUCCGUUCUUUGUUUUCCAGAUUUUCUGCGUCUGCCUGUGGUUGUUGGACGAAUUGUGGUACUACUCGCUUUUCAACUUGUUCAUGAUCGUCGCUAUGGAGGCGGCUAGCGUGUUCCAAAGAUUGUCGACAUUGAGAGAAUUCAGAACAAUGGCUGUGAAACCAUACGCAAUCAAUGUGUUCCGCGAUAACAAAUGGCAGGAACUAUCGACUACCGAGCUUCUACCUAUGGAUUUGGUAUCCGUUACAAGAACGGCGGAAGACAGCGCACUACCAUGCGAUCUCAUUCUUCUAGAAGGUUCAUGUAUCGUAAACGAAGCCAUGCUCUCUGGUGAAUCGACUCCUUUGCUUAAGGAAUCGAUCAAAUUGCGUCCACACGAUGAAGAGCUGCAACUCGAAGGCCUAGACAAAAAUUCCGUGCUACACGGGGGUACUAAAGCGUUGCAAGUUAAUACACCAGAAAACCUCACGGAUAUGCCUAUUCCUCCGGACAACGGUGCCCUAGCUGUUGUCACCAAGACUGGUUUCGAGACCUCCCAAGGAUCUCUUGUCCGUGUGAUGAUUUACUCUGCGGAGCGUGUUUCUGUUGGUAAUAAAGAAGCCCUGUACUUCAUUUUAUUCCUGUUGGUUUUCGCUAUCGUUGCUUCUUGGUACGUUUGGACUGAAGGUACGAGAAUGGGAAGAAUCCAGUCUAAGUUAAUUGUUGACUGUAUUCUUAUCAUUACGUCUGUAGUGCCUCCUGAGUUGCCAAUGGAACUCACAAUGGCUGUCAACAAUUCUCUGGCUGCUUUAUCCAAAUUUUAUGUUUACUGUACCGAACCUUUCAGAAUUCCACUAGCAGGAAGAAUUGAUGUUUGUUGCUUCGACAAAACUGGUACUCUGACUGGUGAAGACUUGGUUUUUGAAGGAUUAGCUGGAAUUACUGAAGAGCCAGUCAGCUCCGAUUCUCUCUUUUCUGCCAACGAGGCAUCUAUUGAUACAAUCUUGGCCGUAGGUGCUGCCCAUGCACUUGUGUUGCUUGAUGAUGGUGAAAUCGUGGGUGAUCCGAUGGAAAAGGCCACUUUGAAUGCGUUUGAGUGGAAAGUUGGUACUAAAGAUACCACUAGCAAAGAUAACAUCGGUCAAAUUGAAAUUCUUCGUCGUUUCCAAUUCUCCUCUGCUUUGAAGAGGUCGUCCUCUAUUGCCAAGCACAAAAACAAGUUCUUUGUUGCUGUCAAGGGUGCUCCCGAAACAAUUCGUGAAAGACUGACCUCGAUUCCAUCUAACUACGAUAGCAUUUACAAGCACUUUACUCGCUCAGGCUCCAGAGUUCUGGCAUUGGCCUCUAAAGAGCUCAAAAGUUUGUCUAAGAAGCAAGUUGACAACCUGGACAGGAAAGAUAUGGAGGUCGACCUUGACUUUAGAGGGUUCUUGGUCUUCCAAUGUCCUUUGAAAGAGGAUGCGGCAGAAACCAUCGAAAUGCUUAACGAAUCCUCUCAUCGCUGCGUUAUGAUCACUGGUGAUAACCCUCUUACCGCUGUUCAUGUCGCCAAGGAGGUUGGAAUUGUGGAACGCGAAUGUCUUAUUGUCGAUGAACCUACCGAUGGCUCCAAAGAUGGUCUUGUUCUGAGAAACGUGAGUGAGACUGUUAUGAUUCCUUUCAAUCCCGCGAGUGACAAGUUCGAGCACGCCGAGAUUUUCGCACGUUAUGACAUUGCUUUGACUGGACACGCCUUGAACGCAUUGAAGGAGCACAGACAAUUAAGAGAAGUGAUUCGCAAUACCUGGGUCUACGCUCGUGUCUCCCCCACUCAAAAGGAAUUCAUACUGAACACUCUUAGAGAUAUGGGAUACCAAACCUUGAUGUGUGGUGACGGUACGAACGAUGUCGGUGCCUUGAAACAAGCUCAUGUCGGUAUCGCGUUACUCAACGGUACGGAAGAAGGCUUGAAGAAGAUGAACGAUCAGCGUCGCAUCGAUACUGCCAAAAUGCUUUACGAGAAACAAUGUUCCUUUAUGGAGAAAUGGGGACAACCAACCCCUCCUGUACCCGAACCAAUUGCUCAUCUUUACCCACCAGGUCCAUCGAAUCCUAACUAUUUGAAGGCUCUUGAAAAGAAAGGCAUUACCGUUACUGAAGAGAUGAGACUUAUGGCAGCCGAAGCGGCCUCAAAACCUGUCGUGACCAAAAAAGCGGAUGCUUCUCAACAGAAGGCCAGCGAAUUGGCCGAUAUGGUUAUGGGCUCUCUUGGCGAGGCCGAUGGAGAAGAUGCCCCCGCCCUGAAAUUGGGAGAUGCCUCUUGUGCUGCCCCUUUUACCUCUAAACUUGCCAAUGUGUCAGCGGUCACCAAUAUCAUUAGACAAGGCCGUUGUGCUUUGAUCAAUACUAUUCAAAUGUACAAAAUUUUGGCUUUGAAUUGUUUGAUCAGUGCCUAUUCGUUAUCCGUCAUUUACCUUGCAGGUGUUAAGUUUGGCGACGGUCAAGCCACUGCAUCCGGUCUUUUGUUGUCAGUCUGUUUCCUCAGUAUAUCUCGUGGUAAACCAUUGCAGAAACUGUCCAAGCUUAGACCACAGCCUGGAAUUUUCAACACUUACAUUAUGGGUUCAAUCUUGGGACAGUUUGCCGUUCACAUUGUCACUUUGAUCUACAUCACUUUAGAGAUCUACAAGAUAGAACCUCGGGAACCACAGGUUGAUCUUGAAAAGAAGUUUACUCCUUCCCUAUUGAACACCGGUAUCUUUAUGAUCCAAUUAACUCAGCAAGUUUCUACCUUCGCCGUUAACUACCAAGGAGAGCCUUUCAGAGAAAGCAUCAGAAGCAACAAGGGAAUGUACUACGGUUUACUUGGGGUUGGUGGACUGGCUCUUGCUGGAGCUACCGAGUUUUCGCCGGAAUUGAACGCUGCUAUGAAAUUUGUACCUAUGGAUGAUCUUUUCAAAGCGAAGUUAACUGGAACACUUCUUGUCGACUUCUUUGGUAGUUGGGCUGUUGAGUUGGUUUUCAAGUACCUCUUUAUGGACUCCAAAGCCGCUGACAUAGCUCAGCGUGACUGA